AUGGUGGCGGCGCUCAAGUCGGGCGAGGAGUUUGACGUCCUGAUCGUCGGCGCGGGCUGCACCGGCGCCGGCGCUGCGCUCGAUGCGGCAACGCGCGGCCUCAAGACGGCGUGCGUCGAGCGGGGCGACUUUGCGAACGAGACGUCGAGCCGCAGCUCAAAGCUGAUCUGGGGCGGCUUCAAGUACCUCCAGGUCUUAGGCCGGUGUGUUGGCAAUGCCAGGACACCGAGCUCGCACAACCUCACAGCGGGAGAGCACUGGCAGGUGGCGUUCGCCGAGCUGCUGGACCGCAAGACGCUCACGGCGCCCGCGCCCGUCUCGUCGCUGCAGAAGUUCAUCUCCGAGUUCCUGAUGGUGUACGAGUGCUGCCAGGAGCGGUCGUGGCUCGCGGGGCAGCAGCCGCAUCUCGUCGAGUACACGCUGGUCCAGUGGCCGCCGUACUUCAACCACCCCUUCUACUCCAUCCUUCCUAUCCUCGCCUACCCCGCCUUUGUCUUCUACGACAUGCUCGCCGGCAUCACCGCGCCGCCCGCCCGCGUCAUGUCCGAGACAUGCACCGCCAUCGCGCUCACCGCGGCGAUGAAGGGCGCGACAAUUGCAAACUAUGAGUCGUGCACGGCGGCACGCGGCGCCCCUCGGUUUGCCUUCUUUGACGCGUGUGUGUUUUCUUUUUUAGGGUUCGUGCACGGCGGCGAGCUGCGCAACUCGCGCGGCGCGACGAUGUACUUUCUGCCGUGGCUGGGCAACACGGUGGUUGGCUCGACCGACAAGAAGUGCGACGCGACCUCCUCGCCGCACGUCACGGAGGACGAGAUUCAGUACCUCGUCAACGAGGCGGAGAUAGCGGGAGAUGGGGGCGUGUCCUUCAUCUGCGGCGGAAAGUGGUCCACCUACCGCGCGAUGGCGGAGGAGCUCAUCGACAAGGUGGUCGCCUUCAAGGGCGCUCCGCUCGCCCACGCGAAGCCCUGCGUCUCCAAGGAGAUCAAGCUGCUCGGCGGCGAUGGCUUCCACUCGCUGCUGCACGUGCAGCUCGUGCAGGCGUACAACGUCUCCACAGAGGUUGCCAAGCACCUCUGCCAUGCCUACGGCACCGCAGCUUUCCACGUCUGCGAGCUAGCGCAGCCAUCCUUGUCGGGCGCGCGGCUGCAGCGCACCGUCUCGCGCGCGGGCGUGCCGACCGACGGCGGCGGCCACAUGGGCCGCCGCAUCUCGCCCAGCUACCCGUACAUCGAGGCCGAGGUCCUCUACGCGUGCCGGCACGAGCUCGCGGUCAGCGUGAAGGACAUGCUGACGACCCGGAUGCGGCUGGCCUUCCUCAACUCCGAGGCGGCGAAGCAAGCCAUCCCGCGGGUGGCGGCGCUGAUGGCGGAGGAGCUCGGCUGGUCCAGCGCGGAGAAGGCGAGGCAGAUCAAGGUUGCGCAAGAGUACAUCGGCGAGUUCGGCGGGCCCGUCGCCGACAAGCGCGGCGCCACACUCAAGGCGGCCACCUUCACCGACCUGCACGACAUCUUCCUGUCGGUCGACAAGGCGAACGCCGGGUACCUCGACGAGAAGCAGCUCGGAGAGGCGGCCGCCAAGCUGGGCUUCCCCUUCCGCAGCGACGAGCACCGGCGGAUAAAGUUCAAAGAGGCGGACCGCUCGGAGAACGGCAAGCUCUCCGAGGCCGAGUUCAUCGAGUGGUGGAACGGGCGCAAUUCGGAGAAGAGCCGGCUCGCCCUCCACAAGACGGUCAUGCUCGACGCGGCGAGCGAGGUCGCCAUCGACAAGUCAAACGCGUCGGCAAAGUGAGCGGGCUCGCCUCGCCGACCACCCACCGAGCGCCGCGCCGGCACCGCAGCUCGGGCGCAGCACGCGUGCACUCGCACUCUGUCGCAAGCCGGUGCGGCGGAACCGCAGCAGGCAAGGCGGCGCACCCGCGUCACUUGCGCGCGCUGCUGCGCGCACCGGCCACCGCCCCACGCCGGCACCUCUAUUGUCGCGCUGCGUCUCUAUUCCAUUGUCCGUCUUGGUACCCGCCACGGCCAUCGACCAGACACGGUGGUCGUACAGUCGGUAAAUCGUCACAUGAAAGGUAUAUACGAC